AUGUCUCCGGCGCUCCCGUGCAGGGGGCUGAGGGCCGCCGUGGCUGCCAGCGCGGGGCUGAGCGAGGGGCCGGCGGGCUCGGCCCGCCCCGGCCGCCGCCUCCGCCCGCCGAGCCCCGCGCCGGGGGCCCGGCGGCUGCGGCUCCCGGGGAGCGGGGCCGUGCGCGCCGCGAGCCCGGAGCGCGCCGGCUGGAGCGAGGCGCUGCGGGCCGCCGUGGCCGCGCUGCGCGCCGGCGCCGUGGUGGCCGUCCCCACCGACACGCUGUACGGCCUGGCCUGCUCGGCGAGCUGCCCGGCGGCCCUGGGCGCCGUGUACCGCCUCAAGGGCCGCAGCCAGGCCAAGCCGCUGGCCGUGUGCCUGGGCCGCGUGGCCGACGUCUACAGGUACUGCCGCGUGAGCGUGCCCGACGGGCUGCUGCGAGACCUCCUGCCCGGGCCCGUGACGCUGGUGAUGGAGCGCUCGGACGAGCUGCACGAGGACCUGAACCCCUUCACGCGCCUGGUGGGCGUCCGCAUCCCCGAGCACGCCUUCAUGCAGGACCUGGCCGGCGCCUUCGGGGGCCCCAUCGCGCUCACCAGCGCCAACCUCAGCGCCCAGGCCAGUUCGCUGAACGUGGAGGAGUUCCAGGACCUCUGGCCUCACUUGUCCCUGGUUAUCGAUGGAGGGCCAAUUGGGGAUGGCCAGAGCCCUGAGUGUCGCCUAGGCUCCACUGUGGUUGACCUGUCUGUUCCUGGAAAGUUCAACAUCAUUCGUCCUGGGUGUGCCCUGGAAAGAACUACGACCAUCCUCCAACAGAAGUACAGGCUGCUCCCCUCACAUGAACCCUGCUUGUGAGGAGGAGGCAUGCUCAGGAUGGUGCUGGACACUGUGUGUCUGUCUGCUGGUAGUCGGCAAGGCCUCGUUUGCAGAGGUUACUGGGGCUACCCCACCAGUCACCUGACCCUUGAACACUUCCUAAACACUGGAGGCCAGACCCCAGAAAUGACUGGGUUAGCCACAAGUCUGCUGGCAGGGACUGUAUUUGUUAUUUGUAAUUUCAUAUAUUGGCCAAAAGCUAAAUAGAAACUUUCAAAGGACUCCUAAGACGGUCGUCUUUUGAUCAUUUCUUCUUCGCUUUUGAGAAAUAACAGUUUCUGAGGGGAGGAAGAUGUUAGUCCACACCCAGCAGGAUGUGUUCAGGG